AUGCCUGGUUUGGUGAGGAAACUGGUCAUCUUCGCCGCCGUGGAUGGACUCAUUCUACAACCAAAUGGAAAUAGACACCGCAACGGCGACAACACACAGUGUCCAAUUCAGAUCGAAUACCGGACGCAGAAGAUCUCAGCGCGUCCAGCGACCCCAACGGGGCUUCAUGAGAAGAAGAGCGUAGGCUUGGAGGCCUAUGGUAUUGUCGGGCUCCUGACUGUUGCCUCCUAUUCGUUCCUCAUCUCCAUAACCCAGCGCGAACAGGUCGCGCAAAUCUUGGGCAAGCCCAUCUACGCGGUAACGAACGUCGCGGUUAUCCCCUUAUCUUCUCAGGCAGACGCGAGUCGCGCGAUACUGCAAGCUCGUGAGAACCUAUCUCAGGGAGAGAAAGGGCCGGGAGAGACUGCACCCGACGAUGCUUCUUCCCUCAGUGAAGCCGAGACCGAUGUCAGCGAGGAAAGCGCAGUGGCCUCCCCAGCAGAUGAGACAGAUCACGUCGAAGGCAGAAGUGACAUAGACAGUGGUAUCGCUGAGGAUGUCAUUGGAAAUAAGGGUAGGUAUGGGAGGUUUGUGACCAACUGGCUUUCCAGAAAGCGCUGGGGUCCUGCAGGCCCCUUCCUUUCUAGGCCGAAAACCGGCGCAGAUGCAGACAUGAAGGGUAAAAGCGUAACAGCGGGGGAGAGUUCACAGCCCAGUAUUCCAGACGUGAAGGAAGAGGCAGAAGCUACAUCCGCGGUUAGAAAGCUCGCAUCUGAGGUAGCGGCUGAGACUGCGACAACUCCUGAUCAGACCAUCGAUCUGAUGCCUAAACUCCUCCGAUAUACGAAGCUGCUUUUUUCAUCGAGCAACUUCUUCUUUUCCUACGAUUAUGAUCUGACGAGGCGAUUUGGCACGCAAGAUCCGCGGAGGUCUCAUCUACCCCUUCACUGCACCGUGGAUCCUCUGUACUUCUGGAACAGACACUUGAUGAAGCCACUGAUUGAGCACGUAAAUGGCGCCCAUGCUUUUGUAUUACCUUUGAUACAAGGAUUCGUUGGGCAGCGUGAGUUCACGGUUGCUUCGUCGGGACAACGAUGUGAAGAGGCUCCAAAAUCCAAUGAGACGGCAGUUGAAAGCCGGAUUGUGAGCGAAACACAGCAGGACUCAGUCCCAGACAAGAAUGACCACAAACGCAGUUUUCUUCUGACCCUCAUCUCUCGACGGUCUAUCCAACGUCCCGGACUGCGGUACCUCCGCCGUGGUGUUGACGAUGAUGGCAACACCGCCAACACUGUAGAGACAGAGCAAAUCUUGUCGACGCCAUCAUGGGACUCGUCGCACAAGGUGUACUCGCUACUUCAGCUGCGCGGGUCGAUACCGCUCUACUUUUCUCAAUCACCGUACUCCUUCAAGCCCACUCCCGUGCUUCAUCACUCGACUGAAACAAAUCAAUUCGCUUUUAAUCAGCAUUUUCGAAACCUGAAUAGAAGAUAUGGGAAGAUACAGGCGGUCUGUCUUGUCGAAAAGCACGGUGGCGAAGCCAAAAUCGGCGAGGCGUAUGAGACGUACGCUCGCACUUUGAACGAAUCAGGGGGGUUGGAUGGCUCUAGUCUAGGCUUCGAGUGGUUUGAUUUCCACAGCGAAUGCCGUGGGAUGAAGUUCGAGAAUGUGCGGCGACUUGUAGAUAAGCUAGAAAGCACUCUGGAUGAUUUCGGUGAGACGGUUGUGCAAGGUAACACUAUUCUCAAGGAGCAGACGGGAAUCGUGCGGACCAACUGCAUGGAUUGUUUGGAUCGUACUGGAGUCGCCCAGUGUGCGUUCGGUCAGAGAGCCUUGGAGCAGGAGCUGAAGAGCGAAGGGUUCGACAUCGACCUUCAAGGUGAUCCAUCCACGCAGUGGUUCAACACUCUGUGGGCUGAUAAUGGAGACGCGAUCUCGAAACAAUAUUCUUCAACUGCCGCGUUGAAGGGGGACUACACGCGAACAAGGAAGCGGAACUAUCGCGGAGCCCUCAACGACUUCGGACUGACGCUGUCCCGGUACUACAAUAACAUCGUCAGUGACUACUUCUCGCAGGCUUGUAUUGACUACUUGCUGGGGAACGUGUCGAUCCAGGUCUUUGCGGAAUUCCAGGAGGAACUGCAGUCCGCCGAUCCCGGGAUUUCGGUCCAAAAGCUACGUCAAAAUGCUAUUGAAACCAGUAGCAGACUCGUGAUUGGUGACCAGAGGGAGGAGCUCGUCGGAGGAUGGAUAAUGCUCAGUCCUCGUCAGCCCAAUACAUUGAGAACCUUACCAUUCGAGGAGUCGGUCCUUCUUCUCACCGAUGCUGCGGUCUACAACUGCCGAUUUGACUGGAACACGGAUAAGGUCCUUUCGUUUGAGCGAAUCGACCUGCGUUCCAUCAGCCAGAUUCGUUACGGGACAUACAUCACAUCGACCUUGACCGAUGCCCAGACCGACGAACAGCGGAAUGUCGGUAUGGUCAUCGUAUACCAAGAUGAUGAGACCAACGCUCUGCGAGUGAACACCAGGUCUCUCCAGAGCCUGUUCAAACAAGAUGUGCAGGACCCACCAGAUCCUGGCACCGAGUGGGAUCUUUCCUCCUGGCUCAAGCGCACAAGGCGUCCCAAAACUCGAUUUAUGGCGUUCAAGGCGCCCCCAGUCUCCAAUUCAGUGACUGCUAAUCAUCAGCAGAGUGUCCCAAUAAGCGAGCGGGACACUGUUCGGUCGAUCUGCCAGGAGAUCGAGCGUGCCAUGAUGUCUGCAGACGGGCGACCUGUCGAGAGCCAGUCGAUCAUCGAAGAGAAGGAGAUUAUCUCGUUGGCCGAGGCGAAGAAGAGAACGGGGUAUCUGGAGCAGCUUGUCUAUGAUGUCAAGAAACUGGUUUGGGCAUAA